AUGGAGGGACAAAGAAAGAGGAGAAAAAAAGCAGAGUUGAAUAAGAUUAUGUGACCAAAAAGCAAACAAGAACACGGACACAUGAAUCACCUUUUAUAAGGUCUUUUGAAGGAUGCCUUUUAUUGCUUUGCUCCAGAAAUGUGGAGUGGAGAGAAAACAAGAGUGAAAUGGAGAGAUCUGUGAUCCGUACAUAAGAAGGUCUAUUUAGACUAAUUAAUGUGCAGAGUUAAAGAACAUUCACAGAGGACCAAAUGCUUUUUCUUUUCCCGCAGACUUCCACUAUGUUUUACACGGGUAAACAUUAACUCAUCAUAACAGCAGAGAGCUGGAGACUCAAAGGGAGAACAGAAUCUCCCUUUUCUCUCUAAAAUGUAACUUUCACCCACAAAGAAAAGCGCUGGAGUCCGGCCUGACUGUUUGCACACACAAGCUCAGUGGGGAUUACGUUCUCCGUUUGUUCGUGGCAACGCUGCACCAAUGUAAAGUAGCUCCCGAGAUCUUGGCCAGAAGUCCAUCUGAAUUUUAAGUGACCAGUUUCCUCAUUUGUGUGUCCAUCUCCCCCUGCUUUACUUUCUCCUCCGUCUCCCUCUCAGCUUAUUUAUUGAGAACGUACACAUUUCAAAGGCCUCUUUUUUUAACUUCUGUCAAGCCCAGGAACAAUAUUUCUUAUUUCCCGGCCAGCAGGACAAUCCCGCCCACUGUCACCUCUAUAUAAGACAACAGAAGGACCAGGAAGAUAAGAGUGUUCUCAAGACAGGCCUGACCAUGCAGUGUAAAGUCCUCAUCUUUGUUGUGCUUCUGGCUCUCAUAAAGCAUGUGUCCUUGGCUGAAAUCGAGGCGAGCCCCAACACCACCGUAACCUUUCCCUGCAACGUCUCUCUGAGCGAGGACCAAAGAGACGUGUCUCUGAUGAAAGUCAAGUGGAUAAAAAAUGGCAGCGACGUCGUUGCCUCAUUUGGAGAAACACCAGCGACGAUAUGGGACGGCUUCAGCUGGAACAAUGAGAGUUUCAUCAACGGGGAUUUUUCCAUCACCCUCUUGAAGGCCAGCCUCGACUUGGAGGGCGUCUACGAGUGCACAGUCAGCUACAACUCCUCGUCCAUACACACUAGCAAUGUUACAUUUGGCAUCGUUGCACCCCCCUUCCUGUCUGUGCCUCAGCGGUGGGUGGUGCUCGGAAAGGAAGCUCAGUUUGAGUGCCAUGCGAGAGGUUACUAUCCUCCACCAAUCUCGUUUUCCUGGAGCAGAAAUGGGGAAGAGAUUAAGCCUCUCUACCCGGUGGAGGGUAAGGAGAUCCCAGGCGGGUACUACGACGCGGUGGGCAAGCUGACCUACACUCCUUCUCAAGACGACCGCAAUGCGACCUUUGCCUGCAAAGUGUUGCACAGUGGGAGCUAUCAGGAACAGGAUUUCCAGCUUAACAUCACCUUCCUCCCCAAAGUCAAACUGUCCGCCAUGGCCUCAGCCUCCAACAAAGCCCCUCUGACGCUUUACUGCGACGUAGAGAAGUUCUACCCAGAGACGGUGUUUGUGUCCUGGUUUCAAAACGGCACCGUUCUCCCAAACCCACCGGCCGUAGAACAGAACCCGGAUGGAACUUACAAGACCAGACAUUAUUUCACUUUGAGCCCAGAGCAAAGGCAGCAGCGGGGACAGGUUGAGUGUGCCGUAACUCAGCCUGGAGUAGAGAGCCCUGUCAAUGUGUCAGAAGAUCUGGACAAACUGGAUCCUCAAAGUGAAACAGCAGUGAUGAACAAAUCAGCCAAAGCCCUGGUGGCUAUGAUGUGUAUCUCUAUAGUUCUGGUCUUCCUGCUUUGCUUUGGCUUUUCCUGGAGAAGAAGGGAUGAGAAGCAGAAGUCCCUCACUGUGUCUGGCAUCCUCCUCCCUCCACGAGUGAUCGUGGGUCAAAAGGGCAGAGUGUCGGUCAGCAUCGAAGGCCGACGGGUGGACCGCGUCCAAACCGUCUGGUUUCUCGACGACACUCCCAUCUCUGACACCUCCGUCAUUGGAACGUCCAGAUCUAACUUUAACUGCCUCUACAGCCCCCUAACUACCGUCCAUCUGCCCUAUGGUCUAACUCUCACCUCCACAGCUUCGGAGAAAGGCCCUCUCCUGACCUCCAGAGGCAAAAUGGGUUACUACAAGCUGCACACUCAGGGACCGUUGCAUUCUUCCAAAAGUGGCACCCAACAGCUGAUCUCGGCGCUCACCUUCAUCCCUCAGAUUGCCCUCCACAAGGGGGCAGUGUUUAAAUGUCAAGUGUCCUACAUAGGCAAGGACAAGAUUGUGCAGGAAAGAGUGUCGGAGAAGUUCACGAUUUUGUCUCCACCGGAAGUGUCAGAAAUUCAGCUGACAGAGACACAGAAUGACUCAGAUGUCAUCAACAUGACGGUUUCCGCCUCACAUUUCCACCCGGAUGUCAUCACCUUCCGCUGGUUCUGCCAGGGGGGCGAGCUGACCCCCGUGGCCUCGGAGGCCUCCUCGUCCCCUCGCCCAAAUUCUGAGGGGCUCUUCUCGGCCUACAGCCAAUGCAAGCUUCCCCGGGGGGAGCUGGAAAAGGGAGCCACCAAGGUGUGGGUUAAAGUCCACCACAUCGCUCUGAAGCAUCCAAUCACUCGUGAAUCGAGAGGCUUCAUCAAAAGGCCGUGCAUUUCUGAAAUCGUCAGCUCUGACCUCUCCUCGAGUCAAACUCUGGGAUGUGAAAUCACAGAUUUUUACCCUCCGAACAUCUCAGUCACUUGGUUAAGGUUUAGAGGGGGAGAGGAGGAUGACCGGGAAGAGGAGGUGAUAGAAGGAGGGGAGCUUUGGGGCCCAAUACAAACUCAAUCCAGACGUUUUAGGGCAACCGCCUCUUUGGAGAGGAGACUAAUCCAUCAGGAGGCAAAGGAGAGAAGAGGAGGGAUUAUCUGCAGGGUGGACCACUGCUCUUUACCUGAGCCGAUGGAGAAGCACUGGAAAUAUGGCGGCAAUGUCCCUCCCCACAUCCCUUCAUCUAUCUCAGUCUGUUGGAGCGGCGAGGGUGUCGGCGUCUUCUCCAUUUUGUUGAAAGGAGGUCACCCGAAGCCAAAGUUGCUCUGGACCGCGGGUGGGCCGACCUUCUCACCGUUAGUGUCCAGUGAGACGGAGGAGAUAGGAGAUGACGGGAUGAGGGAGCUGAAGAGUGUGUGCGCCCUGGAGAGGUCCAACGCUUUAACGAAUCCAGAAAACAAACAGCUGAAGAAACGCAAGAAAGGACAUCAAAUAAAAACAAAGGCCGCGGUCACAGACCCAGACAUUAAAGGAAUAGAAUACAUCGAUGAAAGAGCGGAUGAAGAGAACACCGACAAAGACGAAGAAACAAUAUCCGAAGAAGACGAGGAGAGCGACACAGAAAAAGAGGACGACCCGAACGCCCUUCACAUCAACAGAGUCAACUUGACAAAGGGCCCCAAAGAAAACAAGAGAGUGCGGUUACGAGUGUGCCUCGAAAUUACGCAUCCUGCUCUCAAACUUCCUGUUUAUCGAACUUGGACGGAACCCAAUGAGGAAAUUUCACCAUCUGCAUGAAAGCUUUACAGCACUGCUUCCCCUCUUUCGUUUAACCUUCAUAUAAGUGCAAAAUAUUUAUCAUUCAAGUUAAUAUAAAGUAUCUUGGUGUAUCUGUUGUGACAACUUUGGUUUUAUCUUAUUACCUUUCGGUUUAUUUAAUACACGUAAUAUUAGUCUCUUUUUUUUUUCUUUUUACAAAAUGUCAUAUUUUUGUACAAAUAAUUUUACAACUUUUCAUUUGUUUGAUUUUUACUUAAUCUAAUGAACAAUGAAUGAAUUCUGAAAAUAAAAUUCAAUCAUUUUGAUCCAGAAAAUGUCUAAUUUGAACUGCUCGAACUGCCUUGCUUCUGUGCAAAGUUGUAAUCUGUUUAUAAACUAUAGCUGAAAGUA